AUGCCUAUUCACACAGUUCCUGCCAAGAGCCCUGCUGGGGCACGAGGUACCACCACUCUGCUGAAGGUUUCCUCACACAUCCCCUUUGCCUGCAGCAAAGCACCUGGGCAGCAGCCCAAGUCCCAGGGGUCAGGAGAAGAAAAGGAUUGUCUACUUUCAUGUUCUCAGAAUAAGACUGAGGAAGUGAAUGUGACCUACGUAAUUUCAGCCUGUAAUAAAGUGAGUGAAACAUCAACUACUUUUAAAGCUGAAGGCAAAUUAACACUCCAGAGGAGAACUGGAGCAAGCAAAAAGGUAGUGUUCAGUAGUGAACAAUUGCAUACAAACUCAACACAGGGCGUGGAAGAGCCUCAGACAGAGAAAAGACUGACUCUGCAGAGGUGUGUGAGGACUGGCUCCACUGGGAAGAGUAAAAUUAAUGAGAAUACUGUGCCUAGAAAAGAAAAUUGUGACUCGACUGUGCAAAGACGUUACAAGAUUACACUUCCACAAAAUCUUAAUGAUACCCAUGAUGAUAAAUCAAACUUGCACUUAGCUGAGGCUCAGUCAAGAACUAAGUUACAGUGUAAACUGAACAGCAAGGAUUCCUUUGGUUUUGUUGGUGGUGUUGGUGGAAAUGAUACCUACACGUGCUUAAAAGAUAAGGCAAGCACUGCUGACCAAAAACUUCAAAAUGAAGUUCCUAGGUUGGAGCAAUUGAGUACCUCAAAAUAUGUCAUUGGGCUGUCAGGAGAACAGCUGAAUGAAAAAGGCCAUAUAAAUAAGCUUGCUGCAAAGCAAAGGUUACAGCACUUGAUCAUGAAACAUAACAGUGUGGAAAGACCAAGGACACCAGCCAAAGCUUCAAGAGAAGGAUUUAAGCUUACACCAAAGAACAUCACUUCUCAGGAUCAGCCUUGUCUCAAAUCCACCUCAAAUGAACGAACGCCUCAUCUUCAAAUUUUAGCCAAAAACCCCCCAAGUGCCUCUAGCUCUUUUCCUGUGAGUGAAAGCUCAGAAAAAAGAGAGAACACAGAGACUGUAGCUGAGAGCAGUAGGCCUGAGGAAGAUAUUUUCAAAGUGAGAAACAGCAAAGUGAUUGUAGCCGCACGUGUGCGGCCCUUCAGUAACAGAGAGAAAACUGAAAACUCACUGCCUGUAAUCUCCAUGAGUGGUUCAGAGACAACUGUACGAAAUCCAUCCACAAACCAAGUUUACACCUUCAGUUACGACUUCUCCUUCUGGUCUUUUGACAAAUGUCAUCCUGAUUUUGCAAGCCAAGCCAUGAUUUAUAGCACUUUGGCAGUUCCACUCCUUGAAAGAGCUUUUGAGGGGUACAAUGCUUGUCUCUUUGCUUAUGGGCAGACUGGUUCUGGAAAAUCAUACACGAUGAUGGGAUUUGAUGAAGACCGAGGAAUAAUUCCAAGACUCUGUGAAGAUCUUUUCAAUCAAAUAGAACAAAUGGACAAGGAACAGAUUUUGUAUCAUCUUGAAAUGAGCUUCUUUGAAGUAUACAAUGAGAAAAUUCAUGAUUUGCUUGUCUUCAAAGCUGAAAAUGGACAGAAGAAACAAGUAAGUUGCUCACAGAAACAACUUCGUGUAAGAGAACACCCAGUGUUAGGACCAUAUGUGGAAGGCCUGACAGUGAAUGUUGUCCGUUCUUACUCUGAUAUUCAGAGUUGGCUUGAACUAGGAAAUAAGCAGAGAGCAACAGCUGCUACUGUAAUGAAUGACAAGAGCUCUAGAUCUCAUUCUGUCUUCACCCUUGUCAUGACACAAACCAAGGUAGAAUUUGUGAAUGAACAACAGUGUGAUCGUAGGCUUACCAGUUACAUAAAUCUAAUUGAUCUAGCUGGCAGUGAAUGCUGUGCAAAAGCUCAGACCACUGGAGAAAGGCUGAAGGAAGGUGCAAGUAUCAAUAAAUCACUGUUAACCCUUGGAAAGGUUAUUUCUGCACUCUCUAAACAAUCUCAAAAUGGAAAGAAAACUUUCAUUCCUUACCGGGAAUCUGUCCUAACUUGGCUGUUAAAGGAAAGUCUUGGUGGGAACUCACAGACAACUAUGAUUGCCACAGUGAGUCCAGCUGCCAGCAGCACGGAAGAAACACUCAGCACUCUUCGCUAUGCAAAACAGGCUUGUUCAAUUAUCAACAUUGCUAAAGUAAAUGAAGAUGUCAGUGUCAAGCUAAUCAGAGAAUUGAAAGCUGAGAUCGAAAAACUGAAGGCAGCUCAGAGAAGUGCUCUGAACACUGAUCGUGAGAAAUACAGACGUUAUUUGCAGGAAAUAACAUCUUUGAGAGUAGAAUUGAACCAGCAAGAGAAGAACAUGGCAGAAAUGCAAAGGGCCUGGAAAGAAAAAUUGGAACAAGCAGAAAAAAGAAAAUUGGAAGAUAUAAAAGAAUUGCAGAAAGCAGGAAUUGCAUUCAAGAUGGACAAUCAUUUACCAAACCUUGUCAAUCUCAAUGAAGAUCCUCAGCUUUCUGAGGUGCUGUUGUAUAUGAUCAAAGAAGGGGAAACUACAGUUGGGAGGUGUACACCAAAUUCGAGGCAUGACAUCCAGCUCUCUGGAGUGCUGAUUGCUGAUGACCAUUGUGUUAUAAAAAAUAGCGUUGGCAAAGUAACUAUUAUUCCACUGAGAGAAGCAAAGACAUAUGUAAAUGGGAAGUGCAUUUUGGACCCAACAGUUCUGCAUCAUGGUGAUCGAGUGAUCCUUGGGGGAGACCAUUAUUUCAGAUUUAAUCAUCCAGCAGAGGUUCAGAAAGUUAAAACACCUUCUCGUGGGGCUGCAGGUUUGCAUGAUGGGCCAAAAGAUUUUGAAUUUGCAAAGAAUGAGCUGCUUAUUGCACAGAAAGCACAUCUUGAAUCAGAAAUCGAAGAGGCACGACUCAAAGCCAAGGAAGAAAUGAUGCAAAGUGUCCAAAUUGCCAAAGAGCUGGUUCAACAAGAAUUGACCUCACAAAAAGAAGUCUAUGAGAGCAAAAUCAAGUCACUGGAAGCAGAGGUGAGAGAAGAGGCUCGUAAGAAGCAAAUCCAAGAACUGAAUAACCAGAAAGCUGCAAGUAAGAUACAGGAACUAGAGAAGGCAAAGCAAAACCUUGAGCUAGAACUACAGUUCAAUAAGAAGCGCUUGGAAAUGGAGACCUUAGCUACCAAGCAGGCUCUAGAAGAUCAUACUAUUCGUCAUGCAAAGAUUCUGGAAGCUCUGGAAGCUGAGAAGCAGAAGAUUGCUGAAGAAAUAGAAACCCUUCAGAGGAAUCGUGGGAGUGGGAAUAAAACCCUGACGAUUCCUCUUAACUGGAAGUCUCUGAAGCUGUCUGUGAUGAUCAAAGAGGCCAACACCAUUAGUAAUGAAUUAGGAAAAAACACUGUUUUCUGCAGGCAUGACAAAAUUGAUGAUAAAACAGGAACAGUGUCUUCUGUUCAGGUGCAGGUUCGUAACAUCAAACUGGGAAUAGCAACUUUUUGGAGCCUAGAGAAAUUUGAAUGCAAACUAGCAGCAAUGAAAGAACUCUAUGAG